UCUGGGAAUGUUCCUGGAAAGACGAGCGCUCCGUCAACAAGGAAAACUAGGAAAGGAAACAUUGUAAACCGAAAAAACUCAGUGCCCAGACCCUAGACUGGUAAAGAGUACACACUGAUAGACUGCCAGGUCGUGCAUUUAGAGGGCAGCUCGUGACAUAUUGUGGAUUGUUUGUUGAAUAUAUCCCUGAAAAUAUCAUACAUCAUGCAGGAUACCAAACAAGUGCUCCAGAUCUUUCGUUGCGCUGUGUGACUCAAGGCUUCAGUUUGAAUUGCUGAGGACAUUAACUGUUUAACCAGUGCAGGAGUUAGGCUGCAGAAGAUCUUCUGAAAAGGCUAUUUCAAGGGUUAGACCUCUGGGGAUUCCAAGAACGCACUUAGGCUCGUAAAGGUGUCUAAAACAGAUUGAGAACCAUCGGAUGCCCAAAUCCUCCGGUGUACCAUCGCCUUCAGGCCCAAUGAUUAUUCCGACCAGUGCCCCCGACAAAUCCCUCAAUGCAGUCCGGCUAAAGGACAGCGAGCUGGAGCCACGUCGAAUUGAGUCAAGAGAGGAUGCCGCACGGUUGCAAAGAGCCAUGUCUCACCUUCAGGAGUCAGGCUGGUACUGGGGCCCCCUGACAGCUGCUCAGGCUAAGCAGGUUCUGAUUGAUGCUCCAGAGGGGACUUUCCUUUUGCGGGACAGCUCCUACCAGGGCUACCUCCUCACCCUGUCUGUGAAGACCAGCCUUGGCCCCACACACCUCCGUAUAGAGCACGCCACUAGCAUGUUUGGCUUCGACUCUGUAAUUGUGGCACGGCCACGACUGCGGAGGUUUGAGGGUGCUGUAGAUCUGGUGCAGCACUAUGCCCUGACUUACAAGCAUCUGGCCACUCAAAAUGACACAGGGGGGGGUAACCCUUCGGCCCCUACAGAGAAAACUCUGCAGCUCAAACUCACCCGGCCCCUCCAUAAAGUCUCCCCUAGUCUCCAGCACCUUUGCCGCAUCACUAUCAACCAGCAUUCUCGCUGUCACCAGGACUUACCCUUGCCUAGGCGGCUACAGGACUUUUUGCUGGAAUACCCUUUUGUGUUGUAGGAAAUGUUAAUCUGAUUUUUUGAUACUCCUGAAUUGUACUGUUAAAUCUGACAAUUUCGAUCAAUGUCCUAAUAUAGUGCUGAAAAUGGGCUUCCCCCCCACCUCAUCAGCUGUAUACAAGCUGGUUCCUAGAUUACAAUUUAGCAGACUUCUUUACAGAUAUCAGUGGCAAAAUGUACCUACUUGGGGUAUAUUAUUAUUUCCUGAAAUAUCACCACCUUAGGUUAGUUAAACUAAAUCAACAAUUGAGAGUACUGAAAUGGAAUGCUGAAAAAAUAACAUACAAAAGAAAAUAGAUAAGAGCUUUGUUAUUGUUAUAUAAACGGUAUUGAAGAAAGAUUAUUGCAUUAGAAAUGGACCACAUUCAUUAAAAACACAAUACACUAUUUCACCUCAUACCAUGGCUUUUAUUGUGGGGGAUUUUUGAUUAAUAUGAAUCAUGAAGAUUACCGAACCAUAGUCUUGCUGCAAAGGUGGCUGAUCUGAGUGUCCUAUCCAUUCCUAUUUUUUCUGAAUCCUGGAGUGUAACUUGGUCAUUAUCAAGGUUGUGUAGUUUCAGCUGAUCUCACUAACUUUUUGUUUUUUUAAAGACUGUCAUUGUGGUAAUCAAUUUCAGGUCCAACUUAGGUUUCCUUAUAGAUCUUUGAGAUGCUGAAAUAACCAUCUCUUGAACUGAGGAAUAACACAAUAAAAAACAGCAAAAUCCUGCUUGUGAAGCUUCCUCAUAUCCUUCAACACUGCCUUAUGUAUAAAUGAGAGUGUGCUUUCUAUCAUGGUUUAUUUGCGACCAUUUUGCAGAGCUAUUUGGAUUUGACAUUGAUAUGUUUUCAUGUGUGACAGUAGCCAAAUUAACUCCAUUAAUAUUGUUGUUCUUUUUUAUGAUGAUCACUGAUCUAUGUCUCAAAGUCGGGGGAAUUGGCCAAUUGAAACAAUAUAAGAAUGCAAUGCGAGAGAGUGUGCCAUGUUUUCUCUUUUUUUGUGGUUAUACUUUGGUUAAAUUGUUUAACAGGGAGCAUUAAAA